AUGUCUUCACUAUAAAACCAUUUGAAUCUUUCCUUAUGUUACCUGUUAUUAUUUCCUAUUUUUUCUCCUUUCUGCUAAUUUCCAAAUUUCUAGAUUGCUGAAGAGGCUAAGUAUGGACGAAGCCUGUUUGAGAGAUUGAGUGAAAUUGGCCACCACAAGCUGUUACUCGAUGAGCAAUAUAGAAUGCACCCUCACAUCAGCAACUUUCCAAAUAAAACAUUUUAUAGUGGAAUGAUUAAAGAUCGCACUGAGGCUAGUGGAGUGCCCAACAUUUUUAUCGGUCAUAAUUUUGAUCAUUAUUCAUUCAUUAAUGUUAGAGAAGGUACAGAAAAACAAAUUGGUAUGAGUUUAGUAAAUGAGGCUGAAGCUGUUGUUGCAGAGACGAUCGUUGACAGACUUGCUAAAACAUGCACCUAUAAGGAGGAGAAAAUCAGUGUUGGUGUAGUAUCUCUAUAUGCAGCCCAAGUGAAUGAUUUGGAAGAAAGACUUGAUAGAUUUAAGGAACAUGAGUUUCUUUCUGUUAAAGUACAAACCGUUGAUUCAUGUCAAGGUGAUGAGAAGGACAUAAUAAUACUUUCAAUGGUUCGAUGCAAUCAUGGUGGGAACAUAGGCUUUCUCGAUUCUGAUAGGAGAGCUAAUGUGGCCUUGACAAGAGCAAGGAAACACCUUUGGAUCCUUGGACAUGAAACAACUCUCUUGAGAAGUAAUUCAAUAUGGUCUAAGAGCACAGGUGACAUCCUGAUAGAGGCCACAAUCAAUGAAGCAGACAGACGAGUAGAUGCAACAAUAGAGGAAGAAAACAUUGGUUCCUUGCCUGGGGAUAUGCAAAGAAAUUCAGAUAUGGGUCAGGACCAAGUUUCUAGUCUAUCUCUACCACAAUGCGACCAAUUUGCAGUUAACAACCCAGUAGGGACCGCAAUAGAUGAAGCCAACGUUGAAUUCUCACCCAGUCAUGUUCAUUCAAGGAAGAGGCCCUGUCCUUUCUGUAAAGACCAACUUGCCGUACCAGAAGUUGCACAGGCAAUAGAAGCACAGGCAAUAGAAGCUACAGUAGAGGAUAAUGACGUGAUUAUAGAAGAGCUGACCCAACUAGCUGAGGGAUCAAACGCAAUGAAGGACAAUAAAAGAGCAAAAAAGGCAAACCCCUACGAGCAGGCCAGAUCUGCAAGAGAUGGUCGUUUUUGGUCCACCGAGCAAGAGAAAUUGGACAACAGAUGGAUCGAUUAG